AUGGCAGUAACCGGCGACCCACAGUGUGUUGGGAAGAUCUGCCAUUUCUUCUAUUUCAGCUCUCUUAUCUGGUCCAUCGAGUGGAUUCUUAAGAUUCAAUUUCUUGGAGUGUUUGUUGCAACUAUAGCUCCUAUAUCCAGAUGCUUCACUGCUUUGACCAUCAAGGUCGCUGAGACGGAACAGAAGAGCUUCAUAGAUGAACUCAAGGUUGACAAGUACUGGACUUCGAAGCUUGUAGAGUGGAGGGAUACAUCACUUCCAUUUCGAGUUCCAAACCGCCUCUGCAAGAAGCUGUUUUGUGAUGUAUUAAGAUUUGUUCUAAAUUUCUGCAUUGUAUUUCAGAUUCUCUUCGUUUUAGCUGGAAAACUACUUUUAUUCCUCUUUGCUAUAUAUGCGAGAGGAUUUUAUUCUGUUUUCUGCAAGAAUUCAAGAGUGGGAGGACCUCAAGGUUCAAGGGAUGGAGCACAACUGGAUUUUAGCCAAUAUGCUCUUCUACUUGAAGGUGAGCCACAAUUGCCUGGUUACAUCGUCAAGAACAUAUGCAAUGAGGUUGAUAGGCUAAUAAAGAAAGGUGAAGAAAAUCAAUCCACGAAUCUGAUCCGACUUCUGAAAGCAUCUUCAAACUUCAAUGGGGUGGGACUAUUUGACAGCAACCAAGUUCCAAGCUUACAUUCUCAAGAACCUCCAAACUGCUGGGCUCUACCCAUCGUGACUUUGACGACUAUUACAGUUGCACUUACCAACAUUGCAGAUGAUAAGGCUAACCAGUUAUUGGCUAGUGUUAGAGAGGGCUUGUCCAUCGUGAAAAUCAUUGAGGGAACUCUAGAUGGAAAUGAGGAGUUGGAAAGCAUCAGAAAAGCUGCAGAUGUGGUUUAG